AAAGAGAGGGAGAGAGAGCGAGAAACACAGACGGACAGAAACGUGCAUGAUCAGUGUAUGAUGACAGUUUUAUCAAUUAAUUCACUGCAAUAGCACUACUGCAACUGUGUAAAUUGUAUUACUGUUAACUUAACUUUAGUCCAUAGCUGCUCAGAGUAAACGUCCUGCCCUAACUGAAAUAUUGCCAACAGCUUUGAUGCACACAGAUUCAGCUUCAUAUUCGAUCUGAAAAAUGGAGGCACCAUUGUUACAGCCCCUCCCUGCUCUGUCUACUGGGUUUUGCUGUGCUUACUUUCUGCAGGAGAUUGGUGGGCGGAGUAGUAGAGGUGGGCGGAGCUGGGAGGGUCGUCAGUGCUGAUGGGGCAGGCACACUUGUGAAAUCUCAGCUGUGGCAUAAAGCCACUGUUUCCCCAUUCAGCAAGAGAUUCCUCUCUCCAUGCAUACCUUUGGUUGUUUUGAUGUAGCUGUGGCAGUUGACACACGUUCGGCAGUGUUAGCGCUUUGUUAUUUUUUGUGUGGUGACCAUGGCUGGGGCAGUUGUCUCAGGAGCACAUCCGUGGGGUAACCAGCUUGCUAGGAGCUUUGUCUGUGACACCGGGGUAAAGUGCAUGAAGACUGAGGUUGAGCUAGUAAUAGGUCUUGGGGAAGCUCCACUUGUUUUUUUGUUUUUUUCUAUCCUGUGUGGUUGACACUGAUUCUCUUUUGUCUGGUUUGGGGUACUCAAUUGGGGCGAGAGCAGGUUUUUUGUUUGUUGACUGUUUGACUAUGGCUAACAUUGAGUAAUUAUUCCAAGUCCUGAGGGAGGAACUUCUGGAUUGCUAUACUAAAGAUCAAUUGUUACAAAUUGCGACAUAACAUUGAGAUUGAUGAUAAACUGUCUGAAAGAGACCGUUAAGUCCAUACUAAAGGCCAAGUCCAUACUAAAGGCCAAGUCCAUACUAAAGGCCAAGUCCAUACUAAAGGCCAAGUCCAUACUAAAGGCCAAGUCCAUACUAAAGGCCAAGUCCAUACUAAAGGCCAAGUCCAUACUAAAGGCCAAGUCCAUACUAAAGGCCAAGUCCAUACUAAAGGCCAAGUCCAUACUAAAGGCCAAGUCCAUACUAAAGGCCAAGUCCAUACUAAAGGUUAAGUUCAUACUAAAGGUUAAGUCCAUACUAAAGGCCAACUUGAUUGAAUCCGGCAUUCUAAUGGAGAUGUUUUCUCCUGGUUUGGCUACAUUUUGGUCCACUCAAACGCCCAUAAUCCAAUCUUAUCUUUUGAACAGCAAAAAUAACUUUUGUUGCUACAACUAGAGCAUGAUAGACUAAAACGUCAACAAGCCUUGGAAAAGGAGUUGGAGGUAGAAAGGUUUAAACCGGAAACGGAGCAUGCCAAACUGACGCUGCAACAAGUCCGUUUAGACAUGGUCUGUCACGCCCUGGCCUUAGUAUUCUGUGUUUUCUUUAUUAUUUUGGUGAGGCCAGGGUGUGACAUGGGUGAUUUAUGUGUUUUGUCUUAUCUAGGGUUUUUGUAGUCUAUGGGGUUGUGUUCAGUUGAGUGUUCUAGGUAAGUCUAUGGUUUCCUGGAGUGGUUCUCAAUCAGAGGCAGGUGUUUAUCGUUGUCUCUGAUUGGGAACCAUAUUUAGGCAGCCAUAUUCUUUAGGUAUCUUGUGGGUGAUUGUUCCUGUCUCUGUGUUUUGCACCAGUGAGGACUGUUUCGUUUUUUCCACGUUUUCUUAUUUUGUAGAGUGUUCAUGUUUUCAUCUUUCAUUAAAGAUGUUUAUAAAUAACCACGCUGCAUUUUGGUCCUCCGAUCCUUCUCGCCUCUCCUCUUCGGAAGAAGAGGAAGAAAUCCCUUACAGAAUCACCCACCACAACAGGACCAAGCGGCGUGGUGACAGGCAGCGGCAGCAGGAGCAGCGCAAGGAGGAAUGGACAUGGGAUGAUGUGUUGGACGGCAAGGGUUGCUACACAUGGGAGGAGAUCCUGGCGGGAAAGGAUUGCCUCCCAUGGGAACAGGUGGAGGCAGCUAGGAGAGCAGAGGCAGCCGGAAAUAGGAGCCGUCGAUACAAGGGAACACGGCUGGCAAGGAAGCCCGAGAGUCAGCCCCAAAAAUUGGGGGGAAGCACACAGGAAGUGUGGCGAAGCCAGGUAGGAGAUCUGCGCCAACUUCCUGUGCUUACCGGAGGACUAGAGAGACCAGGCAGGCACCGUGUUAUGCUGUGGAGCGCACGGUGUCCCCAGUGCGAGUGCAUAGCCCGGUUCGGUACAUACCAGCUCCUCGUAUCGGCCGGGCUAGAGUGGGCAUCGAGCCAGGUGCCAUGAAGCCGGCUCUACGCAUCUGGUCUCCAGUGCGUCUCCUUGGGCCGGCGUACAUGGCACCAGCCUUGCGCAUGGUGUCCCCGGUUCGCCUGCACAGCCCAGUGCGGGCUAUUCCACCUCGCCGCACUGGCAGGGCGACCGGGAGCAUUCAACCAGGUAAGGUUGGGCAGGCUCGGUGCUCAAGAGCUCCAGUGCGCCUGCACGGUCCGGUCUAUCCAGUACCACCUCCACGCAUCAGCCCUCCGGUGGCAGCUCCCCGCACCAGGCUUCCUGUACGUGUCCUCGGCCCAGUACCACCAGUGCCAGCACCACGCACCAGGCCUACAGUGCGCCCCGCCUGUCCAGCGCUGCCAGAGCCUUCCUCCUCUCCAGCAUCGCCUGAGCUGCUUGCCUGCUCAGCGCCGCCUGAGCUGCCCAUCUGUGAUGAGCCGCCAGAGUCUCCCAUCUGUCAUGAGCCGCCGGAGUCUCCCGUCCGUCAUGAGCUGCCAGAGCCGCCAGUCUGCAAGGAGCCGCCAGAGCUGCCAGUCAGCAAGGAGCCGCCAGAGCUGCCAGUCAGCAUGGAGCCGCCAGAGCUGCCAGUCAGCAUGGAGCAGCCAGAACCGCCAGUCAGCAUGGUGCAGCCAGAACCGCCAGUCAGCAUGGAGCACCCAGAGCCGCCAGUCACCACAACAGGACCAAGCGGCGUGGUGACAGGCAGCGGCAGCAGGAGCAGCGCAAGGAGCUGCCAGUCUGCCAGGAUCCGCCAAAGCCGCCAGUCUGCCAGGAUCCGCCAAAGCCGCCAGUCUGCCAGGAUCCGCCAGAUCCGUCAGUCUGCCAGGAUCCGCCAGUCUGCCAGGAUCCGCCAGAGCCGCCAGUCUGCCAAGAUCCGCCAGAGCUGCCAGUCUGCCAGAUUACGCCAGAGCCGCCAUUCAGCCAGGAUCCGCCAGAGCCGCCAUUCAGCCAGGAUCUGCCACAGCCGUCAACCUGCCUGAGCUAUCGCUUAGUCUUGGGCUACCUCUCAGUCUUUAGCUACCCCUCAGUCUUUAGCUACCCCUCAGUCUUUAGCUACCCCUCAGUCUUUAGCUACCCCUCAGUCCCGAGCUACCCCUCAGUCCCGAGCUACCCCUCAGUCCCGAGCUACCCCUCAGUCCUCUCAGUCCUGAGCUACCUAUCAGUCCUGAGCUACCUCUCAGUCUUCAGCUACCCCUCAGUCCCGAGCUGCCCCUCAGUCCAGUGGGGCCCUUUGUUACUAAGCGGACUAAGACUGUGUUGGAGUGGGGUCCACGUCCCACGCCAGAGCCGCCACCGUGGACAGACACCCACCCAGACCCUCCCCUAUGGGUUUAGGUGUGCGCCGGGAGUCCGCACCUUUGGGGGGGGGUGGGGAGUGGGGGGGGGGGUACUGUCACGCCCUGGCCUUAGUAUUCUGUGUUUUCUUUAUUAUUUUGGUGAUGCCAGGGUGUGACAUGGGUGAUUUAUGUGUUUUGUCUUAUCUAGGGUUUUUGUAGUCUAUGGGGUUGUGUUCAGAUGAGUGUUCUAGGUAAGUCUAUGGUUGCCUGGAGUGGUUCUCAAUCAGAGGCAGGUGUUUAUCGUUGUCUCUGAUUGGGAACCAUAUUUAGGCAGCCAUAUUCUUUAGGUAUCUUGUGGGUGAUUGUUCCGGUCUCUGUGUUUUGCACCAGUUAGGACUGUUUCGGUUUUUCCACGUUUUCUUAUUUUGUAGAGUGUUCAUGUUUUCAUCUUUCAUUAAAGAUGUUUAUAAAUUACCAUGCUGCAUUUUGGUCCUCCUCUCCUUCCCAGGAAGAAAACCGUUACAUGGUCAGAGAUGGUAAGCUCUCUGACAUGUCUCUUAAUGACAGUUACGGUGAUUUCUCUGGAGUUCGUGCUCAGCUUUCCUUCAAUGUAGCUGGAAAAUUGAGGCUCCGGAAGAAAUUCAGUGAAAAGAGUAGCAGAUUCCACGAAUUGGCCUGACACCGACUGUACAUUGAUGUUUCAAUGUGUGCUAACUGGAAAGCACAAGAGGCCUACUCGGCUCUUAACGUUGCUGACAGCUAAAACUAGGGCAAAGUUAAAGCUGCUGUGUUGCACGCCUAUGAGUUAGUUCUAGAAGGGUAUCGCCAGUGGUUUAGAACCUGGAAAAUAGCUAACAAACAGACUUUUGUUGAGUUCGCACGGGAUUUGCACACCCAGUUUAAUCGAUGGUGCACUUCGUUAGAUGUUACAACCUACGAGCAGUUGUGCUGGAGCAGUUCAAAGAUUGUCUCUGACCGCCUUGCCACAUACAUAAAUGAGCAUAAGGUGCAGACCGCCUCCGGGGCUGCCGUGUUGGCUGAUGAAUAUGUGUUGAGGCAUAAAGGUCACUUUGGGGAACCCAUUUUUAGCAGUGAUGGUCGCAGGGAUAGUUUUGGGACUAAAUUCUUUCCUACUGGGCCUGACCUUGUCUCAAGGGUUGACUGUGGUUCCCAUGAGAAGUCAGAUCAUGGCAAAAUCUGCAAUUACUGCCGUGGUAAAGGUCAUUGGAAAAAUGAAUUCCCUGUUCUUAGCGUUAAAGCUAGGCCUUCUGGGGUUAAUGUGCCCGUAAAGCCUAUGGAAUUAGUGGCACCUGCUUCUAAGUUAAGGGAUUCAAUUGUUCCACCUCAGGACUAGUUAAAAUAACCAUUGGGUAUGGUUGACAGUGCAUCCAUCUAUUAACCGUUCAUUACUGAGGGUUACGUACCUCUGAUAGGUAACCAAGAGAGUGUCCCGGAUGAGCCCCCACUUGUUACAACCUGGCUGAAGAUUGUAACAAAUCAUGGGAAACCACACACUGAGUAAAGGAAUAACAAAAUGAAUGUAUUCCAUACAUAAAGUAAACACUCUCAACAAUAAUCAGAUGAGGCAGGAAGGUCAGUAAAUUAGGGGUCAACUGCCAAAGCCACAACAAAACAACCAAAGGUAUGCAUGGUAAGGAAUCUCUUGCUGAAUGGUGAAAAAGUGGCUUUAGCUGAGCUUUCACAAGUGUGCCCCAUCAGCACUGACGACCCUCCCAGCUCCGCCCACCUCUACUACUCAGCGAAAUGCACCAGCCACUUUUCAACGCCUUAUGAACAGGGUUGUUUCUGGUUUGGAGGGAUGUGCUGUGUACCUCGAUGAUGUAGUUGUGUACAGUGAUACAUGGGAACAACACUUGUGCCGUGUAGCAGCACUGUUUGGUCGCCUGGCAGAAGCUCGACUUACCAUUAACUUGGCAAAGUGUGAGUUUGCCAGGCGAACUGUGACAUACCUUGGUGAAGUUGUCGGUCAGGGGGAAGUACGGCCGGUACGCACUAAUGUUUUGGCCAUUGAUCAUUAUACUCACGUCCAACCACUAAAAAAGAUCUCCAGUGUUUUUUUGGGAUGGUCAGCUACAACCUCAGUUUUGUAAGAAUAUUUAGACUGAGGCCGCACCCCUUACUGACUUGCUUUGGGCAAAGGCCAACUUUGUGUGGUCUCCAUUAUGUCAAUGGUCCUUUGCGGACGUUAAAGCUCUUCUCAGUACUGCUCCUGCAGGAGAUUGGUGGGUGGAGUAGGUGAGGUGGGUGGAGCUGGGAGGGUUGUCAGUGCUGAUGGAGCACACUUGUCAAAGCUCAGCUCUGGCAUAAAGCCACUGUUUCCCCAUUCAGCAAGAGAUUCCUCUCUCCAUGUUCACAUCUAAUUUACUGACCUUCAUCUGAUUAUAGUUGUGAGUGUUUACUUUAUUUAUGGAAUAAAUUAAUUUUGUUAUUCCUUUACUCCGUGGGGUUUCCCAUUGUUUGUUACAAUCUUGAGCCAGGUUGUAACACCAUACACAGACAUACUCAUGGCUAUGACCUAAUUGG